CUAGGCGGCGGGGCCUCUGAGCCUGGCCCGGCGGCGCGCGGGCUGGCCAGCCCCGGAUAGGCGCCUCUUGCAACCAAUCAGCGCGCCGAGGCCGCUGCGCGCUUUAAGGCCACUGACGGGAGAACAGAAACCAAGUUCCCCGGCAAAGAGCAGCAUCCAGCCGGCGAGAGGCCGGAACCGACGAGGCCCGAAAGGCUGCGGAGUGAAUCGGCCGCCGGGCCGCCGACUAGAGCGCACGCUCCCCGGCUCCUCCUUCUCUUUUUCGGCUGCCCGCUCGCCCUCGAGACUCUGCUGAGUUUUCCGCCGACACAAAACCUAGGGAGGGGGUGAGGAGCUACCGCGCCCCCCUCCCGGAGGCCGCCACCCUCCACCCCAGGCCCACCGCCACCCCGGCUUCUGCAGGUUCGCUCCCCGCCGCCGUGCGCCCGGGCGUGCGCCCCUGCAGGCUCCAGCCAUGUCGAUGCUGCCGUCGUUCGGCUUCACGCAGGAGCAAGUGGCGUGCGUCUGCGAGGUGCUGCAACAAGGCGGGAACCUGGAGCGCCUGGGCAGGUUCCUGUGGUCCCUGCCCGCCUGCGACCACCUGCACAAGAACGAAAGUGCCGUGGUCGCCUUCCACCGCGGCAACUUCCGCGAGCUCUACAAGAUCUUGGAGAGCCACCAGUUCUCGCCUCACAACCACCCAAAGCUGCAGCAACUGUGGCUGAAGGCGCACUACGUGGAGGCCGAGAAGCUGCGCGGGCGGCCUCUGGGCGCUGUGGGCAAAUAUCGGGUGCGCCGAAAAUUCCCGCUACCGCGCACCAUCUGGGACGGCGAGGAGACCAGCUACUGCUUCAAGGAGAAGUCGCGGGGCGUGCUGCGGGAGUGGUACGCGCACAACCCCUACCCGUCGCCGCGUGAGAAGCGGGAGCUGGCCGAGGCCACUGGCCUCACCACCACCCAGGUCAGCAACUGGUUUAAGAACCGGAGGCAAAGAGACCGGGCUGCCGAGGCCAAGGAAAGGGAGAACACUGAAAACAAUAACUCCUCCUCCAACAAGCAGAAUCAACUUUCUCCUCUGGAAGGAGGCAAGCCGCUCAUGUCCAGCUCAGAAGAAGAAUUCUCACCUCCCCAAAGUCCAGACCAGAACUCCGUCCUUCUGCUGCAGGGCAAUAUGGGCCACGCCAGGAGCUCAAACUAUUCUCUCCCAGGCUUAACGGCCUCACAGCCCAGCCACGGUCUGCAAGCCCACCAGCAUCAGCUGCAGGACUCCCUGUUGGGCCCUCUCACCUCCAGUUUGGUGGACUUGGGGUCCUAAGUGGGGAGGGACUGGUGCCUUGAAGCAGUGACUAGGGACACAUGUAAAUAGAAAUCAGGAACUUUUUGCAGCUUGUUUCUGGGGUUCUCUGCGCAUAAAGAAAUGGUGGACUUUCACAAAUAUCUUUUUUAAAACUGAAAACCAAUGGUGAUCUCAAGCUUAUUUACCCACUCCUCUCCAGGUCUUUCCACUUUUGCAUUUUCUCUUCCAGUCCAGAAAUGGGGGGGGGGGAAAGCAAACAAAAAUGCCCAGUCACUCAGUCUAAGUUCAGAGCAACCCAUCAACCCAUGUACCUGCUUUAGUAGUCGUCCUCCCUCCCUUCCUUCCUUCCUUUCUUCCAUCCUUCCUUCCAAUGAAUCAUCAAUGGGGAUUACAAAUCAACUGGAUUUUAGUUAUGUCCUUUUAAUUUAUUUAUGGAAAAAAUUUUGGGAAGAGGAAAAGGAAAUGAAAGAGAGAGAGAAGUAAAAACAGUGAAAACAAGAGCCUCCAGCCUGGGAGGAACUGGUUGCUUUCUUAAAGGGAUAGGAAAAAAUACAAUCAAUUUUUUUUUUUGGUGGGGAAAAUUAAGUUUACAUUUUUCGUACUUAGUGUUGAACAAUUUAUAUAGAAUAAAGUGAAAGAACAGUAUUAGAGAGAGAGAGAGGAAAAAAAAACAACAAGUGCCUAAAUGUCUUAAUGCUCUCUAUGUGAGGCAGUUAGGAAUAAAUAGAACUGACCACUAAUAGUACACCUAUUUUUGUCAAAUUUAAUGGGGUUUUUUGGAUGGUUGUUUUCUUUUUCUUUUUUUUAAUGGCAAACUUUAAAAAUGUACCAAUGUGAAAAAAAUACUUCCUUGAAUGCCAUUACUUCUCAUGCCCUCAACGCUUUCAUAUCUGUAGCCUGUUCCUGUUAAGGGUUCCUCCUGUUCCUAGUUUCUAACUUGCAAAAAUAUGUGACAAAUCUGGCAACCUGGUAUUUGUUACUAAAACAGCAUGUGUUUUCAGGUUUAUUUUCUAUUGUACCAAAACGAGUCUAAAUUAAAACUUAGUAGAACACAAGGAGUACGAUUCUGAUUCUGAAAGGUGAGUUGUGUAUUACUGUCAUUGGGCCUUUUUUAUUAUUUUCCCCCUGUAGAUAAUUUUCUCAUUUUCUUACUAAAUGUUGGUUAUGCAUUGCAGGGUACUUUAUUAGCUAGGACUUGAACCCAAACUGGUGAUUUAGUUAUGUCAGAAAAGGAAUGAAUUUAGCUUUGGGGUAUUUAUUUUUUUUAUUACUUAGUUAUGCAGUUCUGUUUAUCACUAGCUUUUUUCUAUAGCAUUAUAUGUUAAUUCGACUUUUUUUAUAUUAACGAGUUCCUGACAAGACUGUGAAAGUAAAAUAAUUUAUCUGCUUGGGGGGAAAAGGGAACUCAAACAAGGAUAGCAACAUUGUGAAUUAAUCUGUACAAAUGCAAAACAGACCAGCAGGAUAAGAGCUCUUUACAGUACUGCCGGCUAGUGCCCAGAAAAGUCCUAGUAAUCAUGUAGGCCCCACAAUUUUUUUGCUUCGGACAAAAUUGAUGUAUCUUUUCAAUUGAUGUAGCUUUUCAAGUUAGUGAAACUAAAUGACAUUAUUUAUUAAAAUUCUACUCAGGAUAACCAG